AUGACAUCAAUGAAGAAUAGUCCCUCAUCAGCUGCUAAAUCAUCAAUCCUUCUGUCCUUGGCAGUUCUGCUACUCCUCAAUGCUCCGGCGAGCUGCUCAUCAGAGUCCUUCAACAAUGUGUUGAGCUCUGGCUACCCAUUAAACGCCGGAUGUUCGCUCGUUCAAGGCAAGUACAACUUCACCAUGCAAUACGAUUGCAAUCUGGUGUUGUACGAGAGCGAGGUUGCCAUCUGGUCGUCGCAAACCGACGGCAAGGGCAGUAACUGCUCCCUCGUUUUGCAAAACUAUGGCGAGUUGUUCAUCAGCACGGCGGCUGGCAUCAUCGUGUGGAGAAGCGAGACAGGAGGGGAGUACGGACACUUCGUUCUUGUUCUUCAGCCAAACGGCGAUGUGGUGGUUUACGGCGACGCUGUGUGGUCCACCGGCACGUAUAGAGCUCCCAUUGCAAUCUCUGGUGACAAACCAUAG